CACCGUGCCAAGCUCCAACUAUGCGCGCCGGUUCCGUGCAGCAUUAAAUUCCAACCUUCGCCGUCGAGCAAAAAAUUUCGUAAGUGAAGGUUUGACAAUGUCGUCCAGAGGCGUCCGAUUGCAGAUACGAGAUCAUCACGUGGUAGUGGAAAAUGGAAUACUGCAACUAACUUUAUCAAAACCUGAUGGAAUUAUCACUGGCAUUCGGUAUAAUGGUGUUGACAAUCUACUUGAAGUUCUUAACCCUGAAUCUAACAGAGGGUACUGGGACCUUGUUUGGAAUUCUCCAGGAAGCAAGGGAAUAUUUGACGUGAUUAAAGGGUCAAGUUUUAGGGUUAUAGUGGAAAAUGAGGAACAGGUCGAGCUUUCUUUUAUGAGGAUGUGGGAUCCCUCCCUUGAGGGCAAGCUUGUUCCUUUGAAUAUAGACAAAAGGUUUAUAGUGCUACGCGGUUCCUCUGGAUUCUACUCUUAUGCUAUUUAUGAGCACUUGAAGGAUUGGCCUGAUUUUGAUAUUGGUGAAACCAGGAUCACUUUUAAGCUUAGAAAAGACAAGUUUCAGUACAUGGCUGUAGCUGACAAUAGGCAGAAAGUCAUGCCACUGCCCGAUGAUCGGUUAUCUGGAAGAUGCCAAACUUUGGCCUACCCGGAAGCUGUCUUGCUUACUAAUCCCAAGAACCCUGAACUCAAGGGUGAGGUGGAUGACAAAUACCAAUACUCGUGUGAAAACAAAGACUUAAAGGUUCAUGGAUGGAUAUGCACCAAUCCACCCACCGGGUUUUGGCAUAUUACUCCCAGUGAUGAAUUUCGGUCAGGGGGGCCUCUUAAGCAAAGUCUAACAUCACACGUGGGACCUACAACUCUUGCUAUAUUUCUUAGUGCUCAUUAUGCGGGACAAGAUUUGGUGCCAAAAUUUAGAGCUGGUGAGCCAUGGAAGAAAGUUUUUGGCCCUGUUUUUUUCUAUCUUAAUUCCACCUCAGUUGGAGAUGACCCAUUUUGGUUAUGGGAGGAUGCUAAAAUUCAGAUGAUGGCGGAAGUUGAAAGUUGGCCGUAUAGUUUCCCUGCAUCUGAGGAUUUCCCGAAAGUAGAUCAACGGGGUGUUGUUCGAGGUAGGCUACUGGUUCUUGACAGGUAUGUGAGUCAAGACUAUCUUCCAGCCAGCGGAGCCUUCGUUGGAAUCUCUGCACCAGGAGAAGUGGGGUCAUGGCAGAGAGAAUGCAAGGGAUAUCAAUUCUGGACUAGAGCAGAUGAUGGUGGUUAUUUUACCAUCAACCACGCACACACUGGCGACUAUAAUCUAUAUUCAUGGGUCCCUGGCUUCAUUGGAGAUUACCGUUGCGAUGCCCUCAUCAACGUGAACCAAGGAUCUUGCAUUGAAAUGGGCGAUCUUGUAUAUGAACCUCCAAGAGAUGGGCCUACACUAUGGGAAAUUGGCAUUCCCGAUCGCUCUGCAUCUGAGUUCUAUGUUCCUGAUCCUAAUCCAACACAUAUUAAUAAGCUCUUUGUCAAUCAUCCUGACAGGUUCCGGCAGUACGGGUUGUGGGACAGGUAUGCCGAAUUAUACCCGAACGAGGAUUUAGUGUACACAGUUGGCACAAGUGACUAUAGCAAAGAUUGGUUCUUUGCUCAGGUCCCUAGGAAGACAAAAAGUAAUUCACAUGAAGGAACUACUUGGCAAAUCAAAUUCUAUCUUAAUAGAGUGGCUCGCAAGAGUAUGUAUACACUACGAGUUGCAAUUGCAUCUGCUACUCUUGCUGAAUUGCAGGUUCGGGUAAAUGAUCCGAGAUCAAAGCGACCUUUGUUUACGAGCGGAUUGAUAGGGAGAGACAAUUCAAUUGCAAGACAUGGAAUUCAUGGAAUUUAUUGGCUUUACAGCGUGGGCGUAGGAGGCUGUCAUCUUGUUGAAGGAGAAAACACAAUCUUCUUGACUCAGCCACGCUGCACCAGCCCUUUCCAGGGUAUCAUGUAUGAUUAUAUCCGUCUGGAAGGCCCUCCAACAAAUUGAUUAAUCCUCAACUAUUUUUCAUAUUGCACUUCUUUUUCCUCAAGUUAAAUUCCAUAUUGCGUAUUGCUUAUCUAUCUUCAAUAUUUAUGUGUAUGAAGUUAUUUUUGGGUAUGUCUCCUGGCUUGUAUGGGAGAUUGUUUCUCAACCCCUCUGUCGUUUUUAGUUUUUCUAUUUUUAAAAUUUAUGCCCAUUUACUCCUAAA